CAGGCGCGGACCUGGCGCCAUUUUGGUGGCCGGGCGCGGAGGUGAUUCCACACUGAGGAGAGCGCGGCGGCCGGAGUGGCAGUGGCAGCGUUCGUGUGCUCUGGUGUGAAUCGCCGAGGGAGGAGGCGGUGGAGGAAGAGGUGGCGGCGGUGGCGGUGGUCGUAGCGGUGGCGGAGGAGGCGGGUACGAAUCAGCUGCGGGCGGAGACAUGGCCAACAUCGCGGUGCAGCGAAUCAAGCGGGAGUUCAAGGAGGUGCUGAAGAGCGAGGAGGAGGAAGAUAUCAACUAGAGAUUAAAAUACCAGAAACAUAUCCAUUUAAUCCCCCUAAGGUCCGGUUUAUCACAAAAAUAUGGCAUCCUAAUAUUAGUUCCGUCACAGGGGCUAUUUGUUUGGAUAUCCUGAAAGAUCAAUGGGCAGCAGCAAUGACUCUGCGCACAGUAUUAUUGUCAUUGCAAGCACUACUGGCAGCUGCAGAACCAGAUGAUCCACAAGAUGCAGUAGUAGCGAAUCAGUACAAACAAAAUCCUGAAAUGUUCAAACAAACAGCUCGACUUUGGGCACAUGUGUAUGCUGGAGCACCAGUUUCUAGUCCAGAAUACACCAAAAAAAUAGAAAACUUAUGUGCUAUGGGCUUUGAUAGGAAUGCGGUAAUAGUGGCCUUGUCUUCAAAAUCAUGGGAUGUAGAGACUGCAACAGAAUUGCUUCUGAGUAACUGAGACAUAGAGCUGCUGAUAUAGUCAAGCUUGCCCCUUCUUGAGGAGCAUCAAUAUCUGUUAUUUUUAGGAUUCUGCAUAGAUAUCUUUUAAACUGGCAUUCUUGCCUAAUGAUGUUAUCUAGGCACCAUUGGAGACUGAAAAAAAAAUUUCAUGCUCUGUAAAUAAAGCUAAUUAAACGUCUGUGUAAAUUUAAAAAGGGGAAAUACUUUUUUUCUUACUUAAUAGUGUAAAAAUUAUUUGAGCUAAGCUAAAACCAUGGAAAAAACAUGCUACUUUAGUGUUUAGCAGUGUACCAAGACUAAGCAAGAAUUUGCUUCAGGAUUUCAUUGAAUAAUUAAGAUAAUAUUUUGAGUGUGUCAGGGCCAUUCAAAUUGUUGGUGUUGCAUCACAGCUACCUUAACUGUUUUUUAACAUGGAUCCUCUGUGCCUGUGAAUUUACUUGCAUGCUUGUACUUGACUUCUUAGGAUGGGUAGCUGAAAAGACCACCAUUUUAAGCAUUUGAGAAUUCUUAAAUAUGCGUUUUAUCCAGAAUUGAAGAUGGUGACCUAUUCAGAGCCUUUUUGUCCUUGUCAAUAGACUGGGACACCAUAUCUAUUUUUUCCUUCUUAACCACCCACAGCUAAUAUUCUAAUAGUAAAUUUUUCUUUAUUUGGUGGGGAAAUAUGCAGAGGGAUAGUAUCCCUUGCUCCAUUUUUAGGAUGUCCAUUUGGAAUGUUCUGUCACAGAUCUUCACUCUUAAAACUUUCCUAUGUAAGUAAAUAAUAAUGUAAAAAUGGAGCUGCCAGUUUUCUUUCUUUUACAAAAACAGUAAGUACUCGAUGUUGCAGUAUUUCCAGAUUUAAUGAAAGAACACAACUUAGUUUUUCAGUGAAUUUAACAUCUUUCUAUUUUUAAACUGAUGAAAUUUUUCUUUGGUAACUUGCAAGGAUGAAAUCACCUGUUUGCAGUUUUUUUAAGCCUAAUUUUGGCUUUAUGGAGAUUGCUUUAUUGGUUACUUUAAAAGUCACCCUUGCUUGCAUUUCCCCCUAUUUGACACAUGAAAGCUGUGUUGGGUGUUUUACUGUACAUACUUCAAAUGCACAUAGGAAUAGAAGUGUGUUAUAAAUCUAGCUUUCUUUAUGAUGUUUCUGAUAAUAUUGAGAAUUGAAAACUUUACCUUCUCUUGUACAUAGUCAGACUUUCUAUACGUAUUAAAGUUACAUUUCAUUCUAAGUUCAAAAGUUUGAAAAUUAUUAGUUUUGCAAGCUCAAACACUAAUGUGACCAUUUUAUGAAGGGUGAAAUGGAUUUGUGUAGACAGUUCUAAACAUAGAAAUACAGUUACUAAAUAUUCAGGACCAAUGCGAAAUAACAAGAAUGUAAUGGAAUUAGAAUGAAUUAAAGUAAGGUUGUAUAUUGAAAGUCAUAUUAUAAAAGGUUUGCUUUUUUCAAGUGUUAUUUAUCUGAAAUUAUAAUGGUUAAGUGUUUGGAAACAAGUUUUGAACCAUAAAUUCAGCAUAAUUUCAUUUGACUUCUCAUUAAUCUUAGAAGCAAUAAAAGAACCAUUAUUAAAUAUGUUGUAAUGUUAAGAUGUGAAGGUUCUUCCAAAAACUUGUAAGGCUUUCCUAAUCAAUAGUAAACUCUUGUAGUUGAUAUUAUUGCAUACUAAAUACAAGUUGCUGUUCUUUUCCCCUAUAUAUUUGCUUAAGUAUAAAUUUCUUUAUACAAUCAUUUCCUUUAAUUGUUGUAAUUUAGUUACUUUCUAAAGAUGCCAAAGGAAACAGAUUUUUUUCUUUAUUUAUUUUAAAUAGUUAAAACCCUGUACUUUUCUUUAUGUUUUUGAAGUAAGGUUGAAAUUGUGUGAAAAUGUGGACAGCUUUGUUCCAUUGUUGAUUAGAAUUAAUUUUUUUUUUUUUAGUGGAGGGUGGCAUGGUAAUAUUAGUAAUAUUUGGAUUAUUUUAAAUAUCAAACACUUCUACCCAGUUUACUAUUUGCCUAUAGUAAUGUUAUCAGGGUAUAUUUAAUUGUCCUGUGGUUUGACAGAUGAGAGAGAACUCAGAAGUUACUAAAGGUCAAGCAUUACAUACUUUGCUCUUGGAGGCAGCUAUACCUUCCUUGCCUGUGACUUUUAUGCACAUUAGCCCCUUAGGCUAUACUCAUCUAACUACAGUUUAACAUCACCAGUGCCCAGGAAAUGGAAAAGUACAAUAUUUGGUAUGAGAGGUUUUCCAUAGGAUUUUUCAUGUCAAAAAUUUACCUCGUUUACAUUUAAUGUAUCAUCUCUUUCCUUUCUGGUACAUUUCCCACUGUCAUCUUCUGUUGUUUUUUUCAUAUUUUUCUACAGGUAGAUUUAUUUCCACAAACAUAGAAAUAAAGACAAUUGCUUUUUUUC